UGUACAUUUUUUAUUUUUCGUGACCAUGGCAACUCGUAAUGUUUUGAUUUGACUGUCGAGAAAGUAAAAGUGAGAAAUCUACAAAAUUCAUAUUAUGGCUAUCUACGGGUUUUCCACCAAAUAAGGAACUGCAUGUUUUUCUCAUCAUCUGCAGUGAAUAUAAUAAUGUAAAUAGAUGGAAUCUGUUAACCGGCUGUCCAUGUAAGUGCCGAAGUGUUUAAUUAACUGACGUAAUCGCCUAUGACAACAUCAGCGCAGAUAUUUUAAUGAGCAGAGUUUUCAUUAUAUUAACGGACAUUAUUUGAGAUCACUAUCGGCACUUACAAUUUCCUAUAGAACUUUUUGUGGUCAAAAUGGAUUAGUAUGGGAUUAGUGUAUCGUGUAUUCAGUAAUUCGCUGAUGUAACCGACAAAAUGAACGAUCCGUGGGAUGUAAAGUGCGUGCGACAGUCGGGUCAAUAUACGUCUUGUAUGAAAUUAAAUGGGGUGCCCCUUCUUCCGCCUGUUUUAUCUAGAGAAUGUCGCAAAGAAAUGCAGUACUACAAGUUGUUAGCGCAAGAAGUAGAGAAAAGGAUAAAUACACUGAAAAUAUUUAUGGUCGAGAGUGACACUGAGUCGAUUGACGAUAAGACUGAUGCACCCGAUUUACCAGAGUCAGAGCACAAUGAUAACUUGUCCCCUACAGAUAUAGCAGUAUAUAAUGCCAAUGUUACACCCACACUUAAAAAAGAAGUAACAUCUAUAGAUAGCAGCGAGAAUAACACUUCUGAACUUGAUUCCCCGAACACCUGUGAAAUCGACAGUAUUUCCAAAACACCAUCUAAAUUUAUAAUAGACUUAAGCAUUAGCCUGAACGACAGCAAAACAGUUACAAACACACCAAAUCCAGUAGAAGUACCUGAAAGAGACUGGGAAUGUACAAAAAAUGUAAAUAAAGAUGUCACUGAUAUAAGUAAUAAAGAAAAUCUGAAAAGCGUUGAUGAUAAAUUAUUUUUUAGCAUCAGUCUAAACAAUGAUUUCUUAUCGGACCCUCUGUCUAUCACAUUUGAUCAAGAAGGACCCCCUUCUCUUAGUUCCAAGAGCUUUACGGGUUCCCUUAAUAAUAUCCACACAGAGAGCAUUAGAGACUCGAAAAUUAUACCUCUAUCUCGCCAACGAUCUUACACAGUUCUGAAACCGAGUCCUCUACUAAUGGCUCAUCUUGAAGUUCAAUCUUUGAACACUGGGGUAGAAAUAAAUUCAAUAUCCAUGAGUGAAUCAAUGUCCAACCUGAGCUGUCCGAAUAAAAAGCGAAGGAGUUGGGAUUUAGAAACUGCAAAAGUGAAAUGGUCGUCCAUGGCUUUGGAGUUGAAGCAAAACAGUUUAAAGAAAACAACGAAAGACAAAAAUGGUGUUACGAAGUCCGCAACGAAAAAGGUGACGCAAUCGGCGCCGGUAAGUCACAGCAGAGCGAGAUCACUGGUUCAAGAGAGAAAUAAACGAGUUUCUAAUAUCUAUAAACCUACUAAUAAAUCGGAGCCUAUUCCAAAAACAAAGAAAAACCAAAGCCCUGUUCGUAAUCAAUCAGCUAAUCCGCCUGUAUCAAAAACAAAUUCCACCAAAAUUUCACCAAUUCCAAACGGAGUAGAGAAAAAGGCACCUACUCCUAAACAACUGAUCUCUGAAUCAGAAGAUCCAGCUGCUCGCGUACGAGAGCUUUAUGAAAAAAUCCAAAAACAACAACUCAUUCAAAUGGCCAGCUUAGUUGAAAAACAGAAGAAGGAACAGAUGCUGUUACAACAAGUAUUUGAAGAGCAGAAUAAUUUAUUGUAUUCCCAGUUAAAAACUAUAUGUCCAAAACCCUCAAAUGAUGUGAAAGAAGCCUGGGGAGAUAAAGAUACAGAUAGAGGCCCAGUUAGUUUGAGCCAAUUGAUAAAUUCAGAGCCAACCGAUAGCCCUGUAGUUGCUUCGCUUACGGAAACAAACAAUUAUAUAAAUCACUGUGAUAAUGUUUUGAAAAAGUCUAGAGAUAUUACUGGGAGUAUAAAGAAAGCGACAAAGUGUCCAUCGAAAGAAAAAAGUCCUCCGAAAAGUCAAUCUAACGUGAACUGUACAAAGAGUCAAUCACCAGGACGUAGGAGUUCACGAAAACUUACUUACGAUAGUGCAUCGACAGACCGAGAUUACGACCUUAUUCUUACCGAUCGAACGAAUGACACUAUGGCCGAUCUUAACGUGACCUUUCCGUCAGAUAAUGAAGAAUGUCAACCCUAUCAUAAUAUAGAUCCUUGCAAUAAUGACAUUUCAAAUGCAGUACCCAUGCAGCUUAUAGCACCAUGCAAGUCUACAGACAGAGCCAUUAAAAGCAUGGAAGAAACAAUACAAAAUUCAAUAAAGAGCAUGUGUGGUAGAAAGCCACGAAGUAUUUGUCGGCAGGCCACACCACAAGAGAUAGCCGCAGCCACGAAAAUAGUGGCUCACGUAAAGGGGUAUCUAGUCCGUCGGUUGAUGCGCACGGAGCGCGUGCAGGGCACGGUGCAGACGAUCAAGGACGCGCUGCUGUGUGCGCUGCAGCUGCACCAGGAUCGCGAGGGGAUCCGGGGAGCUGAUGUAGACCUGCAUAGACGGUUGAUUCAGCAGAUAACAGCAGCAUGUUACACACUACACGACACGUUCAUAACAAGUACCGCCGCGGAAAGAUGCGCCAUGAUCGCGGCGGACCGCGGCCGGCGGCGCUCACUCGCGAGCCGACCGCCGCCGAGACAACACCGACCCACGGACCUAAUGUCGCAAAGUCACUGCGGCGCGUUCCCGCCGCGCGCGAAGCGAGCGCCGACCAAUCUCAUGACUCAGUCGAACUAUGAGACCUUUAGCGGCGAGAAAAGCGUAGUCCGCCGCUACAUGCCGAGCCCGCGGCGACGCCCGUGGCGCUGACCGUGCGUGCCUCACUUUAUCGCGAGGUGUUGGCUGCGGGACUACAGUAUAAAUGGACCUUAACCGACUUCGCUUGUAUAAUAUACACUCAAUGGAAACGGACCUUAACAAACUUCGCUUGUAUAAUAUACACCUUUUGUAAACGGACCUUUAUUCCAUGGUUAUUAAUUAUUACAUGCUUCAAACUUGGCUUGUAAAAUUGAUUCGUAUUUUAAUGAAAUUUGUGAAUGCUUGUUGA